AUGUCCACCAGACCGACUCGUCGUGCCGCAGCGGCUCGGCGCACAGCUAUAAUUGAAUCGGAAGACGAAGAGGAAGAGGUCGCGAACACUACUAGAAAAAUAAAAGAAGAAGAAAGCGAGGAAGAAUUUGCCCCUGAGACAUCAACCGCUAGAACUUCGCGCCGUCAAACACAGAGCAGAAGGAAGUCUACGGUGCCUGCGACACCGCGCGGAGGUCGUCCUAGGAAGAGCACCGCCGCCAGCGUCGCCUUAGAGCCAUCUAUCGAAGAGAGCCAGGCCCCUGAUCCCGAUCACACUGCUACCUCCAUACUCAGCCCAGAGCCAACCCCUAAUAAAGCCAUUCCGAGGAAACGGAAGAGCGCUGCCCCGCGAAAAGUUGUCAAGGAGCUCACACCUAUCAAGGAGCCCACGCCCGAGGCCACACCCGAAAGUCAGCCCCAUAUACCGACACCCGCCCAGUCUGAGGAACCAUCCGAGCUUCACGGCACGCCCUUGGCUGAUAUUACCGCCCAGAGCGUAAACCAGCAACAGCAGGACCCAGAUGAAACCAUUACUCAGGUUAAGCCUAUUCGGGCCAUGGACACUAUCCUAGAGAGGCCUAUGGAUAUCGUUCUAAAGUCGCGUAAGAUGGCAGUACCUGUCGUUGAAGAUACAGGUCCUAGAGCUCGUAUUGUUAUCACGUACUUGAUCUUGACCAACUUUAAGAGUUACGCCGGAAGACAGGAGGUUGGCCCGUUCCAUUCCUCUUUCUCUUCAGUCGUAGGACCCAACGGUUCCGGUAAAUCGAAUGUCAUCGAUUCGCUUCUUUUCGUCUUCGGAUUUAGGGCGAGUAAGAUGCGACAAGGCAAGAUAUCUGCUUUGAUCCACAACUCCGCGGCCCACCCAAAUCUAGAUCACUGUGAAGUGGCUGUUCAUUUCCAGGAGGUCAUGGACCUGCCCGGGGGCGGAACGGAAGUAAUUCCUAAUUCCCAAAUUAUUAUCUCGAGAAAAGCAUUCAAAAAUAACUCGAGUAAAUACUACAUUAAUGGGGGCGAGUCUAAUUUCACAACAGUAACUACUCUACUACGCGACCGAGGAAUCGAUCUCGACCAUAAGCGUUUUCUCAUCCUACAAGGUGAGGUCGAAUCAAUUGCUCAGAUGAAGGCUAAGGCUGGCAAUGAGCACGAGGACGGUCUACUAGAAUAUUUAGAAGAUAUAAUCGGUACCUCUAAAUAUAAAACGCCUAUCGAAGAGGCAGCAGCAGAAGUAGAAACUCUUAAUGAAGUUUGUAUGGAGAAGAGCGGCCGUGUUCAACAUGUUGAAAAGGAGAAGAACGGCCUCGAGGAUAAGAAGAAUAAAGCAUUGGCCUUUAUCCGCGACGAAAACGACUUGACUCUGAAGCAGUCAGCGCUCUAUCAGCUUUACAUUAGCGAGUGCAAUAACAACGUGAGCGUGACUGAAGAGGCAAUUAGCCAGAUGCAGGCUCAGCUUGACGCCGAACUCGAGAAGCAUCAAGGCAGCGAGCAGGUUAUUAAACAGUUGCAAAAAGCCUAUGCUAGGGGUUCCAAGGAGUUUGAGGCCCAGGAAAAGAAUGUUCAGGUCCUUGUCAAGGAGGUUUCUAAGUUCGAGCAGGAGAGAGUCAAGUUCGACGAGAAACGUAAAUUCUUGUCUGACAAGCAGAAGAAACUCGAGAAGACAAUUGCAAAUGCCGAAAAGUCCGCCGCGGAAGCUGAGGAAACCGCUGAGCAAUGCACCGAAGAGAUUGCUUCGCGUGUCGAGGAGAUCGCCGCUCUUGAAGAGCGCAUGCAGGAAGAGGAGGCAGAACUCGCAACGAUACGAGAUAGCUUAAAAGGCAAGACGCAAGGAUUCUCGGAUCAGAUUGCAGCCAAGCAGAAAUCCCUAGAGCCUUGGAAAGAGAAGAUCAACCAGAAGCAGUCUGCGAUUGCUGUUGCCGAGUCCGAAAUGGCCAUCCUCGAAGAGAAGGCUAAUGCUGGCGCUGUAGCUCUUGAGGACAUGCAGACGAAGAUUGCUAAUAUCGAAGAAGGCCGGAAAGCUAAAUUGGUAGAACUUAAGGAGUGUCAAGCCGAAAAGGCAAAACUGGAGAAAGAAGCAAAAAAGGUCGUUGCUAACUUAGAAAGCCUAGUCCAAAUGGAGCCCAAAGCUCGGGCAGAGGUUUCAAAUGCUCGACAAAAGGCAGAAGAAGCGCGAUCUAGCCUUUCUCAGACGCAAACUCGAGGCAACGUGCUUACCGCACUAAUGCGAAUGAAAGAAUCAGGACGGAUCGAUAGCUUUCACGGCCGUCUCGGGAAUCUAGGCACGAUUGAUGAGAGGUAUGAUGUUGCUAUAUCUACGGCCUGCCCGUCUCUCAACAACUUCGUUACCGACACGGUGGAGGCAGGCCAGCAAUGCAUCGAGUAUCUUCGCAAGACCAAUCUCGGGCGUGGUAACUUUAUAUGUCUAGAUAAGCUGCGUUCGUACAAUUUACAGCCUAUCCAAACACCCGAGAAUGCACCACGCCUAUUCGACCUGAUUAAAGCUAAAGAAGACAAAUUCCGCCCUGCUUUCUACCACUCGCUGCAAGAUACUCUUGUCGCCAGAGACUUAGCUCAAGCAAACCGGAUUGCAUAUGGUGCUAGAAGAUGGCGGGUAGUCACACUUGAUGGAGAACUUAUUGACAAGAGCGGUACUAUGUCUGGAGGUGGAAAUACCACCAAGAGGGGCUUAAUGUCGAGCAAGCUCGUGGCUGAUACGUCUAAGGAGCAAGUCACCAAGCUUGAGAACGACCGCGACGCUAUUGAGCAGCAGUUCGAGGAAAUCCAGGAUCACCAACGAGAGCUCGAGUCCCGCUUGAGGUAUCUGAAGGAUCAGAUUCCUCAGUUGGAUACCAAGAUGCAAAAAAUUGGCUUAGAGAUUCAAAGCGCCGAGAAAAAUCUUAUGGACUCCCAGCGACGCAUCAAAGAGCUCGGCAAAGAGCAGCAACCAUCUCAGUCUGACGACAACAGAGUCGCUGUACUGCAAAAGGAGAUCUCCAAGUUAAACAAGGAGGUGUCAAAACUCCACUCCGAAACGGAAGGCUUGGAAGCAGAGAUUAAAGAGCUUCAGGACAAGAUCAUGGAAGUUGGCGGAGAGAAGCUUCGUGCUCAGCGCACAAAGGUUGAUGCUAUUAAAGAAGAGAUCGCCUCUCAUAACGAGGAAACAUCGAACGCUGAGGUAAGGAAGGCUAAAGCAGAAAAGUCGAAGACGAAGCUUGAAAAAGACCACGCCAAGGCUACUAGAGAGCUAGAAGCCGCGGUACGCGACCUUGAGAAGCUAGAAGAAGAGGUCGAGAACCAAGGUAGCAAAUCCGAAUCUUUGAACGCUCGUGUCGAGGAGGCGGAAGAGGAACUAGCAGAAAAGAAAAAGGAACUUUCUACAUUAAAAUCCGAAUUAGACGAGAAGACAUCUGAACUUAACGAAACGCGCGCGGUCGAGAUCGAGAUGCGUAAUAAACUAGAGGAGAACCAGAAAGUACUCGCCGAAAACCAGAAGCGCCUGCGUUACUGGGAUGAGAAGCUAGGAAAACUCGUCCUCCAGAACGUCAGCGAUUUGAGCGGACCCCCAGCUGCCAAGAAGCCGACCAGACAAGUAAGCAAAGAAACAGCGGGAGACGAGGAGGAAGAGCAGCAAGAUCAGCCAGAGGAACAGGCAGAACAGCAGGAGGAAGAGGGGCAAGAGGGGCAAGAGGAAGAGCCGGAACAACAACCCGAGGAGCUUCCGCGCUUCACGGAGGAUGAGCUGCAAGAUAUGAACAAAGAGACUCUUAAGGCCGAGAUUGCUGCACUUGAAGAAAAGACGCAAAAUGUCAAUGUGGAUGUCGGCGUCUUAUCCGAGUACCGCCGUAGAGUUGAGGAACAUGCAGCUCGGUCUUCCGACUUGGCAAGUGCCGUUCAGCAGCGCGACGCCGCCAAGAAACGUUGCGACGACCUGCGCCGGUUAAGACUGGAAGGUUUCAUGGAAGGCUUCAGCAUCAUUUCUCUCCGGCUUAAGGAGAUGUACCAGAUGAUCACGAUGGGUGGUAAUGCUGAACUGGAGCUCGUCGACAGCUUGGAUCCCUUCAGCGAAGGCAUCCUGUUCUCAGUCAUGCCGCCGAAGAAGAGCUGGAAGAACAUUAGCAACCUCAGUGGUGGUGAAAAGACAUUAUCUAGUCUUGCGCUAGUGUUUGCCCUGCACCAUUACAAGCCGACGCCUCUUUAUGUCAUGGACGAGAUCGACGCCGCCCUAGAUUUCAGGAAUGUGUCCAUUGUGGCAAACUACAUCAAAGAACGGACGAAGAACGCACAAUUCGUAGUCAUCUCGCUACGCAACAAUAUGUUCGAGCUCGCAGCCCGACUAGUCGGCGUAUACAAAGUCAACCAUAUGACCAAGAGCGUAACGAUUGAGAACCGCGACUUUAUCGAUCGCGGUGCGAUGGCGAGGCAGCAGCAACAACAGCAACAACAACACGGCCAGACCGUGGUCUCAUGA